CUCUUCUGUUUGCAGUUUUAUUAAAAUUCACUUAGUUACUGGCCACUAUUUACACAAAGUAUUUUUCUAUCUGGCAUUAAUUAAAUUUUCACCAUCUGUACUUAUUUUGGGGCUAUUAUAAUUUUUUCAUUUCAUGAUUUUUGCUGAAGGUGAAUUUAUUUUAUAGGAAGGGGGAAUUAAAAGAUGACCCCAGCCGGGUGUCAAAUACACCGGGAACGGGGCUGAGCUUGCCGUUAACGUCUGCAGAAUGAAUCCACGAAGGAGGGUGCAGUUCCACAUCGUGCCCACGAGGUGCCGCUGUUCCCAAAUCAAGGCCCGCUCUUCCUCAAAUCCAGCGGGGAGGAGGUUUAGCCUUCUUUCUAUCUCCCUCUGAAUCUCCAAGGAUCUUACCCCGGAACUCAGAUUGAACUGAACCCUUGGCUUGUCAGCUGAUCUUCUCAGUGGACCCCCAGGCAGCCAUGGACGUGGGUCUCUCGGGCCUCCCAGGGGUAUCUCAGGGUCGCAGCAAGACCCUGAGGGGCAGGGGCCCAGUUGUGCGGCGGCAGCGGGAGUUCAUGCCCGAAGAGAAGAAGGACACGGUUUACUGGGAGAAGCGGAGGAAGAACAACGAGGCGGCCAAGAGAUCCCGGGAGAAGCGGCGUCUCAACGACGUAGCCCUUGAAGGCAGGCUGGCCACGCUGCUGGAGGAGAACGCUCUGCUCAGGGCUGAGCUGUGGGCACUCAGGCAUCACUUUGGCCUUUUGCCCUCCGUUGCUGGCUCCCGGACCCUGCCUCUGCAGGCACUGCUGUGGGAGCCCCCCUGGACUGGAGACCCCCGCCCUAGGGCCCAGCCACUCCCCUCCCUCCCUGGCUCCCAUGGCUGCCUUUUGAGGCCAUGCGCUCUGGACACUGGGGUUCCAGGAUGCCGGGGCUGCCUGGCGGCUCACAAGUGGACUGGUCUGGCCGCUUCCCCCAGGCGCCCCCAGGACCCUGUUCCCCCCAACCUCAAGAGAAUGGACAUGGCCUUGCAGGCUGCCCUCCCAGCCGCCUUCUUCAGCUGUCACCUCCUGGAUGGGCAUGGGGGGACCAGACCAGAGCUCAGGCCCUUUUGGGGGCUGUGGUCACCCAUGGCCUCUGGUUAUCAGGCUUCUGGGCCCUCAGAUGCGUUGCUGACACCCACUGCUGAUCCAGUGGAGCUGCCUCCUGGGUUGGCCUAUCCUGUCCCAGGGAAUGAUCUUGAGCGUCUUACUCAGCCCUCCCUGCCCCACAAACUGCGCGUCAAGUCCCACGCCUCGGGCAGGGGACCUCCAGGGUGGGGGGAUGGCCGGGGCCCCCUCUGAGGGCCUCCCCCGGGCAGGGCCGGGCCCCCAGGGCGGUGCUGGGACUGAGCAUGGGUAUGUCUGGGGGAGAUGAGUGGCUUGCCCCUGACUCAGCUCCCCGGCUGGGCAAGGGCCUUGGAGGGGUCCACUUCUCAGUGUCCAGGCCUCUGGGAGGAGGGGCUGGGGUUUCACCUUGGAUCGUACCCGGUUCCCAUCCUGCCUAAAAUAUGUGUUGUGGGUCGUCCGUUUCUCCUCCCUCCCUCUUUUCCUUCCUGUCUUCCACCUUCCCUCCCUCCUUCCUCCUCCCUUUCAUCCAUCUAUCCUUCUUUCCUUCAUUUAUUCGUUUAAUCACUCAUUCAUGUGCUCAUCUGUUCGUUCGGCCAUUGAUUCACUCAUCCAUCCAUCCAUCCAUCCAUCCAUCCAUCCAUCCAUUCAUCCAUCCAUCCAUCCAUCCAUCCAUCCAUCCAUCCAUCCAUUCUCUCACCCAUUGACUUUCACAAUUUACCUGCCCCCUUGCCCAGCCAUUCAUGAUCUUUGGACCUCCUUCGGUGCUCAGCUUAGUGACAAGUGUGAGGAAACUCUCCCGGCUUUGCAGGUCCUAUUCUGGAGGUAGCGGUGGGGGUUUGGGGAUAGACACACGGAGGGUCCUGCUGAAGGAUGAAGCAGUGUCUCAGGGUGUAUGAAUCCUUGUGUCUUGGGCUCUCCUAGGGGGCUCGCUGACCACCUCAUUUGGGAGUCCGUCACACCCAGUUCAGAUGGCUUCCUCUGUGUCUUGGGUCAGAGUCUUGAACCACAGGAACAGGUCAGCAAUAUUGGGAGUGGGAUGGGGGUGGGAGUCCAUUUCUUCUCUCUCUCUGGCUGCCCACAGCCCCUGAGGCUGUCUCAGCCCCAGUACACACACCUCUGGGUGGACAGGAGAAGGGACCGCUGCAGAGAAGCUCCCCCCAGGGACCCUGGAGCCCCAGAGCUCAUCAAAGACCCUCCCUCCCCAGUUUCUCACUCAGGCACCACUUUUUUAGAAAAAAAAAAAAUCAGAGUUUUUAUUAGAUUCUGGAUGAAAAGCCCCCAACUUUGAUUGUGGGGAGAACUGGGUAAGGGGGAGCACUCCUCUGGGCUGAUGCAGUCUCUCAGCCCUGGCUGCCCCGGCCAGCUGGGUUAUUGGGCCUCAGGCACACCCCCCAGCAGCCCCUGAAGCUGGGCCAUUCUUGGUCACUCUGGGUUUAUUGCAGUCACAAAUGUGUGCCAGCCAGGAGCACUGCUCCUACUGGACAGCAUGGAGAACCCACAUAUCACUGCCCGGGCCCUCUCUACCUGCUCACUCCUUGGUCCUGGUUCCAGGCUGGGACUGGGCAAGGUCAUCCCGCCCCCAUGCUCUGAGUGCUUGGCCUUCCAGUAGGAGCAGAGAACAAGGGCUCGGCCGGGCCUCCCAUGCUGCUCAUCACAGCUGUAGCCAGGGGAGGCUUGGCCAUUGCAGGUGGGAGAUAUCCAAUGCCUUUGGUUUUGGCUCAGAGACUCCUGUCUCUCAAGAGUGUCCUGGGGAGGGAGGAAGGAGGGCUUCCUGGAGGAUGAGGCUCUGGCCUGUUUCUCCCCAGCCAGUGCCCCUAGCUGGGAGGGUGGAGACUGGGGGUGCAGAGGAGCUGACCUCCAACACAAAGGUGCCACACAGCUGUGGCUAAUCCUGCACAAAGGCCUUUAAUGAAGUUCUGGCUCUGACCAGAGGGAUAUUAAAAAAUGCUUAAGGGAGAGGGAAGAAGGAGGUUGGGUGGCUGUGUAGCACCCCACUGCUGGGAGAUGUGGGUGGCUUGGUGCUUGCUAUUGACAGUGCCACCUUGUUGGUGUCUGAGGUGUCUGAGGUCUCUGAGGUGUCUGGACCAGCUCGCUCAUAUCCUGUAGACACAAGAGCAGGGGCUGGUCGCUCUUGGGUUGGAAAAGCCCAGAAAUGAAUCUGCCUAAAGCAAAUCAUAGACUUUCCACAUUAGAAGGGACUCUCAGAGUCUCUUGAUGGGUGCUCAUACAGUCUACUUGAAUACCUCUAGGGAUGGAGAACUCACUUCCUCUAAAACUCAUCACCACUCCUUCUCUAGAGUCAAAACCUGCUUCCUGCACACUUCCACUCUGAUCUUGUUCUAGCCACAGGGGGCCUCUCAGAACCCCCUCCCGCUUCCCUCCCUCUGCUCGGAGGUAGCUGGCAUGGUAGAAGCUUCUGUUUCUUCCUCUCCAAAGUAGAGACCACCACACACCCCUCAGAUAAUUUGAGAAGAUUAGAUCUCAUUUAUUGUGUGCAUGGCACUUUAUACACAGCAAGUGUUCAACAAAUGUUAACUCCCCUCCCUUUUUGCCUUUUUAGAAAGCUCUCAUGUUCCCAGCUCCAGAGUAGUACUCUCUUCAGGGGAAAUACCCUCUCAUUCUUUAAAAUUCUUUCCUUUGUUCUGGUCUGGCUCCUUUUUUUUUUUUUUUUUUGUCAGUGCUAUUUAUAUAUGAUGACUCUUGGAACUGAAUAUGAAACAUUUCUUCAUCAAAUACAUAUUUUUUCAACAGAUAUAUUUUUCAGUUCCUACUAUGUGUCACACAGAAACUGGAUGAGAGAAAUGGUGCUCCAGACUGAAGUUUGCAAGGGGAAACGUGCAUAAACAUUUAGAACACCCUAGAUCUCACACCUAGUGAGAUCUUUUUGGUUAUGAAGGUGUGAAAUUCCCUUCCUGCUUCAGGCAUGUCUGACCCACGUAGAGUGUGUACAAUACACACUGAGUGAAAGUUUCUGCCCGCUUGGUUGGUGAUUGCUGGGGGCAGAGAUCAAAGGAGUUGAAGCUGCUGAUGAGGACACGUUUCUCUGUCUUGUCUAUCAAGGAUUCACGACACAUCAUGGCUGACCUCUGUGUUACCUGGAUCCUUUCUACCUACUCAAAUCAUGGUUCACAGGCCAGCAGCCCAGCAACACCGGGGAGCCAGCUGGAAAUGCAGACUCUCAGGCUCCUCCCAGAACGGCUGAAUCAAACCUGCAUUUUAAUGCAAUCCCCAGGAGACCCAUUAAAGUUUGAGAAGCAUCGGUCCAGAGCAGAGGUUGACAAAUUUUCCUGUAUGAGACCAGAGAGUAAAUACUUUUGGCUUUGUGGGUCAGACAGCCACUGUUUUGUCUACUCUACUUUGUCUCUGUAGCGUGAAAACAGCCAUAGGCAAUAUGUAAACGAGUGGGUGUAACUGUGUUCUAAUAAAAUUUUAUUUCCCAAAACAAGUGUGGCCAGAUGUGGCCCUUUGGCCACAGUUUGCUGAUGGUGUAUCCCUAGGAGUAGAACUGGGGAUCCUAGGGGUGCUUGUCUUCAACCUUGAUAUUGCCAAAAUGAUCUGCAGAGUGGCAUUGCCAAUUUGCAAUUCCUUGCAUGUAAAGGAAGUUUGUGUUCUGCCAACACUUGGUUUUGAUGGGCAAUUUGAUUUUUGCCUAUUUGGAGGGUGUAAAGUGGUUUAACCUGCAUUCCUCUGUUGAACAUCUUUGCCAAAAGCUGUUGGCCACUUGGAUUUCCUCUUCUAUGAAUUGCCUGUUCUAUCAGGAUAUUUACCUUUUUCUUACUGAUUUCUCAGAGCUUUUCAUAUAUUCCAGAUCACAUAUGAACAUCACAGAAUUUUCACCUGACUUGUGUUUUCAUUUUAUUCCUCGUGUGUUUUAUUUCAACAAAAGUUGGAAAAUGGGAUGUAUCCAAAUUUAUCGAUCUUUGUUAAUGGUUCAUACAUUGUUUUGUCUUGUUGAAGAGUGCUUCCAUGUCUCAAGGUCAUAGACAGAGUCUCUUAAAUGUUCCUAUAAAUAUUUUCAAGU